UCUGAGCUGCACACGCCGCCGGGGGUGUCACAUGAUGCGGCCGGUGACGUCACACAGGUUGAAAGAACAACACUUGGAGACCGGGAACCUGUCAGCUGCACGGAGGUCUAAUCAUUUGAAUUCCCAGCUGUCAGAGGUCUCUGCACGUUCCAGAGAUUCCGUGAUGUAGCUGGAAAUGAUAGCAGCAGCCUGAUUCCUUCCUGUGUUAUAUGACUGUAGCUGAGAUUUGCUGGCAGAAGAACCCACGUGAGCUGAUGAACAAGGAGGUUCCCGUCCAGACCUGGCUAUGUUCCUACUACCUAAGCAGUGAAAGGCGAUGGGUUCCCGGCAGGCUUUCCCUGACUCCUUCUCACCUCAGGUUCAGGUCUGACAACACAGAUGACUACUUGGUCAGCUUCCACCUGUCCAGCAUCAAUGAGAUCAAGAAGGAGUCUUCCAGCUACAUCUUCAGCUCCAUCACCAUACUGGAGAAGGACCAAGCCAAGCAUUGGUUUAGCUCCCUGCAACCCAACAGGAAUGUGGUCUUCACUGUGCUGGAGCACUUCUGGAGAGAGCAGCUACUUGCUCCUGGAAGAGAACAGGGAGUAUCUUCUAAAACAUCGACAGGGAAGAAACUCAUCGGCAUUAUUUCUGGGUCCCAGAAACGCAUGGAAGAUACCACCAGGGUGCUUCACCACCAGGGGGAGCAGUUUGACAACAUCAUGAGAGGCUUGAACAAGAUAGAGGGUGACAUGGCGACCUCAGACAGGAUUUUAUCUGUUCUGGAAUCUCCGGCCUGGUGGCCGUUUAGCGGCAGUCCAUGGAAGAGAUCCGCAGGCGCCCAGUCCACGGAAUGCCCUUCCGGUACCCAGAACUGCGGUAAGGAAGGCGUCAUCGUGGUAAUACCGAUUGUCUUCUGCCACUAUCCUGACCACAAUCUCAAGCUCGGCAAGCUGACCGUCCUCUUAUCUGCCCUGGAGAUCUCCGGCUGCAAUUUCCAGUUACUCCACCGAUACGAGCGGCAGGACGUGGACGACAUCAAAGUCUUCACAGGACAUGAGAUGAGCAUCCGGCAAAGGUUUAUCGGGAAGCCGGACAUCACGUACCGGAUAAUAUCUGCCAAGCUGCCGGACGUUCUCCCCAUCUUGGAAAUGCAAUACAGGAAGAAAAUAGAAUUCUUAGAGGAAGCGCUGAUGUUUAGUGAGAAGUGGCGAGCUUCCCCCUCUGACCGCGCCAGUCCCGGGUGGCAGACAGAAUCCUUGUUUCUUGAUACAAUUGUGAAAUCUGGACCCUGCCUGGAAGGAGACACUGAGGCCAUGAUUCAGGAGCAGGAGGUCUCCGAGUCAGAGGCUCGGGAGCUCAGGAAGAUAUUGAUGAAGCUGAAGAGCAUUGCAUUGGACGCAGAGAGCGAGCUGGAGCGCCAGGAUGAAGCGCUGGACGAGAUCAGCUCCUCUGCCGACAGAGCCGUACUCCAGAUCAACAAACAGACCCGCAGGAUGAGGAAGCUGCUAUAGAACUGCAGGGGGGUGGUGGUGGGGGGGUAAUGUUGUCCUGCCCCCGCAUCGAAGGAUGAUAUUUAUGUUUGCAUACAAUGACAAUUGGUUGUCGCCGUUUACAGCUGACAUUCAUGGUAAUGCCGGGCACGGUUAUUACCUGUAAUCUACGUUGUAUAUACAAUGAGUCCUGUAGAUAAAGGGAAAGUUACUUACCUGUAUGAUUCAUGGAAUGGCCAUUCUGAAUGUGUGAUUUACUGUAUAACUAUUUAUAUGUAGAUGUAAUGAGAGUGUAUGAGACGUAAUAUUGGUCAUGCUGAAUUAAUGGAGAUUAUCGCCUCAAUUCUGUCCAAGUUCUGCAUUCUAUUCCUGACUUAUGCAACUGAAAUCUGUAUCUCUCUCCCCCUCUCCCCUCCCUCACCCCUCUCCCAUCUUUCUCUCCCCCUCCUAUCUCUCUAUCCCUCUCUCUCUAAUCUCUGUAAAGCGCUGCAGAAUGUGUGUGCGCCAUAUAAAUGUUUUUAAAUAAAAUAUAGAUACAUAAUGUGGGAAGAGAUGGUUUGCUCUCAGAAUAUGAACUAGAGGGGAGCAUUAGGAGUCCCUGCUGUGCUAUUUUGAAAGUGCAUUUGCCAAUUGUAACAAGUAUCAUCCUGCACUGCAGGUUUUCAUGCUCUCCCCAAACAUGCAUGCGUGACUACCGCUGAAAGAUCUCAGCCUGCCCAGUACAGAUUCUAUCCUGUGGCUCUGGAUUGCAGAGGAAAUGAGAAUGCUAAAUAAACCGCAUGCCAUGUUUUCCUAAAA